UCCCAACGCACGGUCGCUGGUUCUUGUCCUUCGCCAUCCCGCGCCGGCCAUUGCCCUGCGCAACCAUUGAUCCUUGCAAAUUGAUUCGUCCCGUUAAGUCUGCGUACUGUAACGCGUCGAGUGUGUUCCCGUGUUGUUUAUUGUUAGUAUUUUGAUUUGUUAAAUCCUUUUGCGAGCGGUGCUUGUGGAUCAACCGUAUUGAGGUUAAUAAUUUGUCUUGGAGAAGAUAUAUCGUGCGUGGCGAACGGUUACAAAAUGGACACGGAAAACGCACCCAACAAGCGGCUCCAAUCGUACAAACAUGGCUCAAAGUCGAACACGGUAAGUACGUCGGAAUUGCGGCAGCGGCGUCACGAGGUUACGGUCGAGCUGCGUAAGAACAAGAAAGAUGAUCAACUGUUCAAGCGCCGCAACAUCACGGACGACGACGGUCCGACGUCGCCGCUGCAGGAAAACAACGCCCAGAGUCCGGUGACGCUGAAGUACGAAGAAAUCAUGCAGUUCAUCAAGAGCGGCGAUCCGAGGAAGGAAUUUGCGGCCGUACAGGCGGCUCGCAAGAUGCUGAGUCGAGAGAAGAAUCCACCGAUCGAUAAAAUUAUCGCCCUUGGCAUGGUACCGAUCUGCGUGCAGUUUCUGGAGGCCUCCGAUCGGCCGCCCCUGCAGUUUGAGGCUGCCUGGGCGCUGACCAACAUCGCGUCCGGCACUUCCGAGCAAACGAGGGUCGUGAUCGCGGCACAUGCCAUCCCGCGCUUCAUCAACCUGCUCAGCUCGCCCUCGGUUACGGUGGCAGAGCAGGCCGUUUGGGCGUUGGGUAACAUUGCGGGCGACGGCUCGAAAGCCCGCGAUAUCGUGCUCGAGUACAACAGCGUCGAAGCGAUCAUCAACCUGGUGCAGAACCCCAAUACACCGAUCUCGUUUCUGCGCAACAUCGUGUGGCUGAUGUCGAACCUGUGCCGGAACAAAAAUCCCGCUCCGCCGUUCAAUCGCAUCGAACCGAUGAUUCCGGUGCUGUCGGCGCUGCUCGAUCACAACGAUUCGCAGGUUCUGUCCGACGCGUGCUGGGCCCUAUCGUACGUGACGGACGAUGAUUCGCCGAAGCUGGAAUCGGUCGUCGAAGCGGGUGCUGUGCCGAAGUUGGUGCGGCUGCUCGGUUCCAACAAUCCGGCCAUCAUUACGCCGGCCCUGCGAAGCGUGGGGAACAUUGUGACGGGCAACGACACGCAAACGGACGCCGUGAUCGCGGCCGGCGCCCUCCAAUCGUUGGGCAGUUUGUUGCGCCACUCGAAGAACAACAUCGUGAAGGAGGCCGCCUGGACGGUGAGCAACAUUACCGCCGGCAAUCAGCCGCAGAUUCAGUUCGUGCUGGAUUCUGGAAUUUUCAACCAGCUCAUCGAGGUGCUGGCGAAGGGAGAUUUUAAGUCGCAAAAGGAGGCGGCCUGGGCGAUCACGAACACAACGACCGGCGGAUCGGCCGAGCAGAUCGUUACGUUGCUGGAGAAGUACAACAUCCUGAAGCCGUACUGCGAUCUGCUGGAUGCGAAGGACAGUCGCACGGUUCGCGUCGUACUGAGCGGUGUGACCAACAUCUUCCAGAUUGCCGCCAAAAUUGGCGGUGUCGAGAACCUGUGCACGAUGAUUGAAGAAAUCGGCGCACUGGACAAGCUGGAGAUGUUGCAGAACCACGAGAAUGAAGAGGUUUAUCAGAAAGCACUUAAUCUUAUCGAGACAUUCUUCUGCGAUGCGGAGGACGUCAAUCCCGAAUGUGCCCCGAAGGAAGCAAACGGUGCGCUUGAAUUCAACCCGACGCAACCGCAAAAUGGAGGCUACUCCUUUUAGACUGUCGCAAGCCUGCUGGACUGCGUCUUGCUGGGCCUGGAGUUCGUAGACAUAAUGUAUUUCCCAUCGCAGUAGGCGGUUAGUAUGUUUUUAGAUUAAAAUUAUAUUCCGUUCUUGGUUGGUGUCACUCGUUUCAGAGAGGAAAGCCAAAGCCAUUCGUCACGUGCGCUAUUUUCGAUUUUAGCAUUGUUUUAUCUCUGUGCGCUCUGGUUCAUUCGUUUGU